AUGUCUCUCGAGAUGGGCCAGCCACUCUACGACAAGUGCCAGCGCCAGUUCCUUCCCUGCCCGGCGGUGAACGGGCUGGCCAUCAACGUGCGCAAGAUGUUUCUGGAGAUGGACCAGCCGCUCUACGACGAGUGCCAGCGCCAGUUCCUGGAGGAGGAGGGCCGCGCUGCUGACGUGGAGGGGCUACGCGCCGCCACGUGGCAGCGCCUGGAAGAAGCAGCAGUGACGGGCGGGGUAGGGGGAGGCGGGUUUGGCGGAGGGUUGCAAGCGGGGAUGGAUGUGGAUAGCAGAGAAGGCCGGUCGCAAGAUUAUGAAAACAAUUUAGGAUGA